UCCGAUCAGUGUCCGGCUGGAUUCGAUCGUGAUCGCGUUGUAACAAGUAUCCUGAACUUCAACUUUGAAGUUGUUGUAGUGAAAUAACUAGUUCAUUUGCGGAUAACUAUAAGAGUGCUAUUUUACCAUUGUCUACAGUAAAUAAAGUUGUGAUUGUAGGUGUCUUAUAAUAUGUACGGAAAACAAGAAACGAACGGACCAACCCUGAAAAAAGGUGGAUCCUACAUCAUGGAAGGACAAAAAACGGCGGAAGCGAAAAAUGUCAGCAUCAUUUUUUCGCCCCUACAAGAAGAAACCGGAGCACUGGCCAAGAUGUUGAAAAUCUUCGACGAACACCGAGUCAAUCUGUUGCAUAUCGAGUCACGUUCGUCAACCCGUGGGCCAGGAUAUGAAUUUAUGGUGGAAUGCGAUAGCAAGAGUAAAAACCUAGGGGCGGCGAUCGAAACGGUACGAGAUCAAAGCGACUACUUCAACAUCAUCUCGCGUGACUACAAAGAUAAUGAAGCAACGGUUCCCUGGUUUCCUCGGCGUAUUCGUGAUCUCGAUCGAUUCGCAAACCAGAUCCUGUCGUACGGCUCGGAACUUGACUCGGACCAUCCAGGAUUCACCGAUGCCACUUAUCGCGAACGUCGCAAGUACUUCGCUGACAUUGCCUUCAACUACAAACACGGUCAGCCACUGCCGCACGUCGAUUAUACCGAAGCGGAAAUCAACACCUGGAAGGUGGUGUUCAACAACCUGACGAAGCUUUACCCAACGCACGCCUGCCGGGAGCACAAUCACGUCUUUCCGCUGUUGAUCGAAAAUUGUGGCUACAGAGAGGACAACAUUCCCCAGUUGGAGGAUGUGUCCAACUUCCUGAAGGACUGUACGGGUUUCACGUUGCGACCGGUGGCCGGUCUUCUUUCGUCACGUGACUUCCUAGCGGGACUCGCCUUCCGUGUGUUUCAUUCGACGCAGUAUAUUCGUCAUCCAAGCAAGCCACUUUACACUCCCGAACCAGACGUUUGUCACGAACUGCUUGGCCAUGCGCCGCUGUUUGCCGAUCCGUCAUUCGCACAGUUUUCCCAGGAAAUUGGAUUGGCUUCGCUCGGUGCUCCUGAUGAGUUCAUCGAAAAACUGGCAACGUGCUUCUGGUUUACCGUCGAGUACGGUCUGUGCCGUCAGAAUGGACAACUCAAGGCCUACGGUGCCGGUUUGCUGUCGUCGUUCGGUGAACUGCAGUACUGUUUAACGGACAAACCGGAACUGCGUGAGUUCGAACCGAUUAAAACCGGUGAACAGAAGUAUCCGAUCACCGAGUAUCAGCCCGUGUACUUCGUGUCGAAUAGUUUCGAUGAUGCGAUCCAGAAAAUGGUCAAUUUCGCCAACACCAUCCCUCGUCCCUUCGGUGUACGGUACAAUGCCUACACCCAAAGUGUGGAGAUUCUCGAUUCGAAACCACAGAUCGCCAAUAUGCUGCGCAACAUUCACGGCGAGUUUGAGAUCUUGCAGAAUGCAUUCAAGAAGUUGUAGGUUAAGAAGUUGAUACCUAGAUUUUAUGGCAUAGAUUUUAUACAAUUACGACUAAUACUCAAACGCACUAGUUAAGGCUCUGAUAAGAAAACAAAUUGACGUACAAGACUGUAUUUUUAAGAGUACCCAAAUAAAAAAUAACAAUUAACAAUUUA